AUCAACCACUGUCUGGUCACACUAAGUGACCGGCGUUCUUGUUUUCAUUUUGUGUUUUCCUUUUCUUAAUUUUUUUUAUAGAAUGUGACUUCCAUGGGCCUGCUGUACGCUCUGGUAAAAGCAGCGGAGCUGGUGGAUCAGGUCCUGCUGCGUCCGCUGGCUAGCGUGAUUGAUGCAGUGGUCACCGGCGUGUAUUACUUCCUGUGGGGCAGCUACCUUGUCGGCUACUGUUUGGUGGAGGGCAGCAGGAAAGGUUGGAAUCUAUUACGAUGCACGGUCAGCGAUAUCCACCAGGGCAUUUGCAGCCUGGGCCUCAUCACGCUAGAUGUGACGGACUACUUCUACGCCGGCACCAAAGGCGGGCUGAAGAAUGCUUGGGAUUUUGGUCAAUGCAUAGCCCGGUUCAUAUGCAACUUGCUCAUCGAACUGGGCGAUGUCAUCUUGUGGAUGUUAAUGCUGCUGCCGAGGGCCAUACUAUUUCUCUGGGACUGCCUCCUCGACUUUGUGGUACACUCCAUUGUGGCCCGUGGCUUAAGCUUGCUGAACAGUGCGUUCCGACUCUCGAUAGGAUUGGCCCUGCUCCUCAUUCUGUAUAUGUUUCGGCGCUAUGUGUACCUCUUACUCAUCUACCUGUUGCAACGUGCCCGACUUGAGAUCUCAACAAAGACACAAAGCGUUUACCUGUGGACCGAUCGCCAUAUACAACGCUUCAGGCAGAAUGUGUGGAAUGAUUCAGAGAACGCAGGAUCUGCGAGUCGAGAAAGCUGUGUCGUGUGCAUGACUCAGAGCAGGAACGUGGUAGUCAUGCCUUGCCGGCACCUCUGCCUCUGCAAAGAGUGCUCACAGCAGCUGCUGCUCCUAUUGGACGACCGCUGUCCUGUCUGCCGACGCAACAUAACAUCAUUUUUGCCAGUUUACGUUUGAUACAAUUCUCAUCACACUUAACUUGUAUAUAUGACUGUCAAUCAGAAUCUAGCUUUUAAGUAAUUA